CAGGCAGCACCGUGACCACCGCUUAGGGUUCAGGCGGGGUCCUAGGCAACGGGCAUUGUUUAGAGCCGCGGUGCAUAAUGUAUCUGUGUGCUGGGCUUCAAUAAAGUUCGAGUUGAGCAUAAUUAAGACUAAGUCACUUUACUACAUUGGCGACGAGGAUAAAUCAAGACUUCAAUGGCGUUGUUUGGAAAUUUGACGGAGUUUGACCAGGCUACGGAUGAUUGGCAACAGUAUGCUGAACGCCUGGACUGUUACUUGGUGGCUAACAAAAUCACAGACGAAGGACAACAGAAGGCAAUUUUCCUGACUUCGUGUGGGGCCAAAGUAUGUGCAGUGUUGCGGGAUUUGUGCCAGCCUGCGGAUACAGACGUGACAUUGACGGAGAUGCUUCAGAAAUUAACGGAUCACUUCUCGCCAAAACCUAGUUCGAUUGCGGAACGAUUCGAGUUUCGUUCCAAAUCGAGACAACAAGAUAUCCAGCAGCUGAUUGGUCAUCAAGAUGAACUUCCCUCUCAGCCACAGCAGGGGAGCUCCACUUUGAAGCAGAAAGAUCCACAGCCCCCCCACAUCAAAGAGGAAGAGGAGGAACUCUGGAUCACUCAGGAUAGAGAGCGUCUUCUACCUUUGAAGGAAGAUAACGCUAAGUUGCCACUGACUGGUGUCUCUGUGAAGACUGAAUACCAUGAAUAUGAACCACCUGAGUCCUCACAGCUUCAUCACAGUCCAAGUGAGAAGAACAAAGGGGAAGAGCCUCCAAGCAGCAGCUCACCAGAAAGCAUAACAACAGAAAAUGAUGGCGAGGAUUGUGGAGGAUUACAAGCAAACCACCUCUUAGCUCCACUCUCGGACAGUGAUGACACAACGUCACACUCUCCUGAGGAUGAAAACGACGCCCAAGAACCUUUGAGCAGCAAUACAGACUGUAAAGGGGUUAUGAGGACUCACACUGACAUUCAACACUCUGAAGGCUCUGAAAAGAUGACAGUUAAAAAACUAGGAGUUUUGGGUAACAUUCACAAGGGAACACAAAUAGUACAAAAAACAUUUAGUUGUUCAGUGUGCGGUAAAAUAUUCUCUCAAAAGUCAUAUGUGGUAAGACACAUGAGAACACACACAGGAGAACAACUUUUUAGUUGUUCAGUUUGUGAUAAAGGAAUCUCUAGUAAGUCGAAUAUGGUAAAACACAUGAGAACACACACGGAGGAAAAACCUUUUAGUUGUUCAGUAUGCAGUAAAAUAUUCUCUCAAAAGUCAUAUGUGGUAAAACACAUGAAAACUCACACAGCAGAAAAACUUUUUAGUUGUUCAGUUUGUGGUAAAAAAAUCUCUGUAAAGUCGAACAUGGUAAAACACAUGAGAACACACACGGGAGAAAAACCUUUUAAGUGUUCAUUGUGCGGUAAAACGUUUACUCAAAAGUCAACUAUAAAAAGUCACAUGAGAACGCACACAGGAGAAAGACCUUUUUGGUGUUCAGUGUGCAGUAAAAGAUUCUCUGAUAAGUCAACUAUGAAUAGACACAUGAGAACGCACACGGGAGAAAAACCUUUUUGUUGUUCAGUGUGUGGUGAAAAAUUCUCUCAAAAGACCUAUAUGGUAAAACACAUGAAUAAACACACACAGGUGAAACACAAUAAUCCUGUUCACUUGGAGCAAAAACAUUGAUUCAGCAGCACACACUGAGAUGCACAAUUGACAAAAACUUUUUUGUUACCCAGCCUGCGCUAGUCUAGUAGCUGUUGUGUAGACGGUGGCAAUGAUGAAUGGUCUGAAAGAUAUAGAGAAUAGCCAAGCUCAACUUGCAAGAAAACCAACAUUUUAUUCUGAGGAAGUAGUGGAACCGAGGAUGCCGAAAGACAAGCUAAGAAGAAUGUAGGAAAGAAAUCAAGCAGUAAAGAUGCCAUUGUGAAGAAUGUGAAGUUACCAUUACACACCUUUGACGAAAGCAAUUAAAAAGGAAUGAGGAAAAUCAAAUGUGCAAAUAACAGAAGAUGUUUUAAUAAAUUAUUGGUGGUGUUAAA